AUGCCUCGCGGCCAGAAGAGUAAGCUUCGUGCCCGUGAAAAACGCCGCCAGGCUCGAGAAGAGACAGGGCAUGUGGUGGCUGCUCAAGCCACUGUACCAGAGGAAGAAGAGUCCCCCUCUUCUCCUUCUCCUCAUUUCAAAGAUGCUCCCCAGAGCUCAUCUGCCACUGGAACACCCAGCAAUCCUCAAGUUACUGGGAGAGUCCGCUCCACCAGCACUAGUACUGCAACUGCUUCAAACACAAGAUUUAAUGAAGGUGCCGACAAUCAAAUGGAGGAGAAGCCAAAUGCCUCACAGGCCAGGGAUACCACUGAGCACCGGCACAGAAGUCCUGUAGACAAGAAGGUUGCUAUGUUGGUAUACUACCUGCUGUACAAGUAUCAAAUGAAAGAGCCCAUUACCAAGGCAGAUAUGCUGAAAAAUGUAAUCCAGAUUAACAAGAAUCACUUCCACGAGAUCCUCCAGAAAGCCUCUGAGCACUUGGAGCUGGUUUUUGGCCUUGAUGUGAAGAAAGUGGAUCCCAACAGGAACACCUAUGUUCUUGUCAACAAAUUGGAAUCCAGCUAUGAUGGGAAAGUAAAUGAUAAUGGAGGUGUGCCCAAGACUGGCCUGUUGAUGACCGUCCUGGGCGUGAUCCUCACAAAGGGCAACUGUGCCACUGAGGAGCAAGUCUGGGAAGUGCUGAAUAUGAUGGAGUUAUAUGAUGGAAUGAAGAAUUUCAUCUAUGGGGAGCCCAGGAAGCUCAUCACCCAAGAUUGGGUGAAAGAAGAAUACCUGGAGUACCGGCAGAUAGCCAACAGUGAUCCUCCACGCUAUGAGUUCCUGUGGGGUCCCAGAGCCCAUGCUGAGACCAGCAAGAUGAAAGUCCUAGAGUUUGUGGCCAAGAUUCAUGAUACCGUCCCCACUGCCUUCCCAUUCUGGUAUGAAGAGGCUCUGAGAGAUGAGGAAGAGCGAGCCCGAGCCAAGGUUGUAGCCAAGGCUUAUAUUGCUGCUAUGGCCAGUGCACGCUCCAGGGCCAUGGCCAGCAGCUUCUCCUGCCCCAAGUGA